AUGGAGGGCAAAGUGGAGUGUAAAAGUGUUGGGCAAAGUGGAGCGGUAAAAAGAGUUGGGCAAAGUGGAAGGUUAAAAAGAGUGGGAAAAGAGGGGGGGGGUGAAGGAUUGGGAAAAUUGGGACUAAAAGGGUUGGGCGAUGUGGAAGGUAGAGAGAUGGGGCAAAGUGGAGGGGUAAACAGUUUAGUAAAAGAGGAGGGGUAUGAAAUGGGAAAAGAGGAUACUUAUAAAAGAGAAGAACCAGAUGUCACUAGUGAAGUUAGCGCUAAUGAAUACGAAUCAGAAAAUGAAUCGGACGAUUAUGACACUCAAGAUAUUCUUGGAAAAGACGGUUAUGUGUGGUCACAGAAGCCGAAAAUUCUCCGAAGAACACCGAUGCGAAAUAUUGUUACACAGAAGCCAGGGCCAAAAGGGAAUGGGUGUCAGGCAGACACACCAUUGAAAGCAUUUGAUUUAUUUUUUGACGAUUCCAUGAUAACAGAGAUUGUUACAUGGACCAAUCAAAAAAUUGAAAAUGUGAAAGUCAGUUACAUUAGAAACGCUGGAUUUUUGUACCAAACCAACGUUGUAGAAAUUCGAGCACUUAUAGGCAUCCUACUCUUCUUGGGUGCCACAAAAAACUCCAAGGAAAGUACUGCAAGUAUUUGGUCGAAAGAUAGUACUGGCAAGCCAAUUUGCAUAUCAGCGAUGAGUCAAAAACUGUUUUUGCUGCUUGUGUAUUGCCUACGUUUCGACAAUUCCACAACGAGGGCCCAGCGAAGAGCUAACGACAAGUUGGCGUGUGUUCGCGACAUAUUUGGCAAAUUUGUCAAAGCUUGUGAAGCAAACUACACCCCAGGAACUGGGUGUACAGUGGAUGAAUCUCUCCUUGCAUUCAGAGGAAGAUGUAGUUUCAAGCAAUAUAUACCAAAUAAACCAAGUAAAUACGGCAUCAAGAUAUAUGUAUUGGCUGAUAGCAAAACGUUCUACUCGGUUUCUUCAAAAAUUUAUAUGGGAGCUGGUACUCAUGCACCAGGGAUGCAAGUUCCAACCCAAGCAGUCUUGGAUUUGGUACCCACAAUUUCUGGAACAAACAGAAACAUUACAACCGAUAACUAUUACACAUCAAUUGAUUUGGCCAAUGAACUAAAAUCCAGGAAUCUCACAUUAGUUGGCACUAUGAAAAAGAACAAAGCUUGCAUUCCACCGUCAUUUUUUAUGAAAGCAGCAGAAGGAACAGUUCAAUAA